GUGAGAGAGAGAGAGAGAGAGAAACCAGAAAUCAAUGUUAAACCAGCUUCUUCUUGCCCUUGCUUAUACUAUUAGAGUUAGCCUCCCUCGAUUUUUUCUUCAAGACGUUCUUCUUUUUUUUAAAACAAACGACCCUUGAGCUGAAUUUCCACUAAACUAUUCUUUUCAAAAGUAAACUUUUUUUUAUGCUCAUGCUUUCAUUCCCAGUUUGCAAAUUUAUUCAACAUGCCCAAUGAAAGUUUGCAUGAGAGCCAACGAAGAAAAAAAAAGGUCAAUGGGGAAUGUAACUGAAAAAGUGCCGUUUCCCAAGUGUGGUGACGUCGCCAAUUCAAAAAGUGGUGGUAAGGGAGAGAGCCAAGCCGCAAAGUGCGCGCUGUGCGGGAAAGUAAAAAGCCCUUGAAACCUGUCAACUCCUUCUCUUUCAGCAUUGGAACAUUUGAAAAGAAAAUGCAUCGUUCAUUCAGCAGCACAGCCUCCGCGGCUAAAUUCUACAAAGUCACUUUAACACGCUCCACCAUUGGUCUCUCCAAAGAUUACCGUGCUGCCGCUCAAACCCUCGGCUUAUUUCGAUUGAACCAAACAUCGUAUCAACCUGUUAAUCCCAGUACAGCCGGUCUCAUUUUGAAAUUGAAGGAAAUUGUACGAGUACAGAACGUCGAUCAGAUUCCCGAGAAAACCGCCGUCGCCGCCAUCAACAAGGCUGAACGAGGUUACAAGGUUGUUGGUCGCAUGCUGUAGAAAAACAAAAACUAAAAAGAAACCCCCCUUUACCUUUAUUAUUUCGUGUCUCUCUCUCUCUCUCUCUCUCUCU